UUGUAUUCAUCUCUCAAAGUACAAUCCUUUGUAGCCCGCAUUCAUACCUCUUUUCUAUAUCGUUACUCCCUUGUCCCCAUUGUCCUUGACAAAACGGGCCUCGGUGAACGUGCUUAUGAUAUCUAUUCCAGGUUAUUAAAGGAUAGAAUUGUGUGUGUUAUGGGCCCAGUAACUGAUGAGAUGUCAAGCCUGGUUUUGGCACAGUUGCUUUUUUUGCAGUCUGAAGAUAAACGUGCACCCAUACACCUGUACAUAAACAGCCCGGGUGGUGUCGUUACGUCUGGGUUAGCGAUAUACGACACAAUGCAAUACAUACGACCACCUAUCCAUACCUGGUGCGUAGGUCAAGCAUGUAGCAUGGCGUCUCUUUUAUUGUCGGCCGGUUCGCCUGGUCACAGAUAUGCCCUGCCCCAUGCACGAAUAAUGGUUCACCAGCCCUCUGGUGCAGCUCAAGGUAUGGGCUUUAGCUUCUGCUAA